AUGGCGCCGUUAAGGGCACUUUUGGCCUUGGCUGGCUCUGGAAUCAUUCCUUUAGCCGUGGCAAAGCAGGUACAUUUUGAUCUGGAUCUGACAUGGCAACAGGGCGCACCAGACGGAAAUGUACGCGAUAUGAUUUUUAUGAAUGAUCAGUUCCCUGGCCCUGAGCUUCGGAUAGAUCAAGGCGAUGACGUUGAGGUUGUUGUUCACAAUAAUUUGCCUUUCAAUACGUCACUCCACUUCCACGGAAUUGAGCAACAUAAUACACCAUGGUCCGACGGUGUGCCUGGUCUUACUCAAAAGCCAAUCCUGCCUGGGCACAGUUGGACAUAUCGAUGGAAGGCUACCCAGUAUGGAACCUAUUGGUAUCAUGCACAUGCUCGUUCCGAGGUUAUGGACGGUCUUUAUGGCCCCAUCUGGAUCAACCCAGCACCUACUACCCCAACUCCGUUCCAUUUUAUUUCAAAUGAUCCAUCCGAUAUUGCCGCAAUGAAAAAAGCAGAGAAAAACCCUCAACUCAUCAUGGUAUCUGACUGGGACCAUUUGACGGCUGCACAAUAUCAAAAGGUGCAGGAAGACAGCCGAUUGGAUAUUAUUUGUAUGGACAGUGUCCUCGUCAACGGACGUGGAGCCGUUUAUUGUCCAGGAACGUCAAACAUCUCAAGCGUGGAGCUUCCCUAUUUGAAAACUGCGCUCGACAAUCAGCCUCUUACUGACAAGGGAUGCUUACCCAACAUUUACCAAACGCAAGGCAACUUUCCUCCAACCCACCCUGAAAAUAUUCCGGCUGGGCUCAACUCUGGUUGCACACCUACGGAAGGCUUGCAUGAAAUUAUCGAAGUUGACCCCAAUGAUAAAUGGGUUAGCCUUAAAUUCAUAAGCGCUGCCUCUUUGAAAUCCUUGAUGUUCUCCAUUGACGAGCACUCAAUGUACAUCUACGAAGUGGAUGGCUCUUACAUUGAGCCACUACGUGCGGAUAGCGCUGCAAUCUAUAGCGGUGAGCGAUAUGCUGCUAUGGUAAAGCUUGACAAAGCAUGGAAGGACUACACUAUUCGAAUCCCUGACACCCAAGGUGACCAGAUCAUCUCCGGGUUUGCCACCCUUCGGUAUAAGGGAUCUUCAGACAGCAGUCCUUCUAUUCCCUAUAUCAAUUAUGGAGGACAGAACACGUCUGAAUCUGUUGUUCCUUUGGAUCCGAAGUCUAUGAAGCCUUAUCCUCCUGUCACGAUUCCUGAUUAUGCUGAUCAGUUGGUGAAUCUGACUCUUGGCCGCUGGGGAUCCGCUUACACAUGGACUACCUCUGGAAACGCACUCUACGACGUCAUGGCCAAUUGGGACAACCCUAUUCUCUACGACCUUAAUGCCAGAGAUAAUCUGGCGGAUCAGGUUACGAUUCAAACCAAGAAUGGCACUUGGGUUGAUUUAUUGCUGCAGCUAGGGGACAUGCCCAAUACUUCAUCUACUCAACCCCCUCACGUGAUGCACAAGCAUUCCAAUAAAGCUUACAUUCUUGGUGUUGGACCGGGCUUCUUCCACUGGUCCAGCACAGAAGAAGCAGCAGCUGAGCAUCCUGAGUUUUUCCAACUAGAAAAUCCUCAGAUGAGAGACACUUUUGUUACAAAUAGCCCCGGCGGUCCAAUUUGGAUGAUGAUUCGUUACCAGGUCGUCAAUCCUGGUCCAUUUUUGUUUCACUGUCACGUUGAGACUCAUUUGUCUAAUGGUAUGGCCGUUGCUUUGCUUGAUGGGAUUGAUGCAUGGCCUCAGGUUCCAGAUGGCGAAGAUCAAAGUCCUGAUUUGUCAGAGCCAUCUGCUCAGAGUAAGAGCUCAGCCCAAAGUUCACGCCUGUCAUCUAGUCAAACACGGACCAGCAGCCAAAAUGAUGGAUUCUGGACCCCCCCUCCGUCGAGUUCGAUGACAAGUACAUCUACCCGCAGCCAGAAUGAUGGGUUUUGGACCCCUCAACCAAGCUCUAGCUCUCUUACACCUACCCCCACCCCAACUGCAUCUAUCUCUGCUCCUAUUCUAUCAAGCUCUACUCCAGUUCGACCAAGCUCGGUUCCCACACCAGCUGCUUCGGUGCUUACUCAGGAUACUCCGAAUCCUUUGAUUGAGCCCGAAACUUCUUGGAUUCAAUCUGAGGCUGACCUUUACUGA